AUGCGGGCGGCCGUGGCGGUGCCGGUGUGGGUGUGCUGGCUGGGGGCUGCGCAGCUGGCGGCGGGGCGCAGCCUGCCCCGGCUCCGCCUGCCCUACCGCGAGCUUUUGGGCACCAACCGCUCUGCCCUCUUCUUCGGCCAGCGAGGCUUCCUGGGCUUCCGCUCCCUCUACCUGGAUGAGUACCGAGACCGGCUCUUCGUCGGGGGGAAGGAUGUGCUCUAUUCCCUGCUCCUGGACAGGGCCAAUGUGGAUACCAAGGAGAUCUACUGGCCACCCCUCCCUGGGCAGACAGAGGAGUGUUUUCGGAAGGGGAAGGACCCAGGGACUGACUGUGCCAACUACAUCCGUGUGCUGCACCCCUACAACCGGACACAUUUGCUGGCCUGUGGGACAGGCGCCUUCCACCCCAUCUGCGCCUUCAUCUAUGUGGGGCACCGUGGUGAGCACACCUUCAGCCUGGAUCCUGCCAGCGUGGAGACCGGCCGGGGCAGGUGCCCACACGAGCCCAGCCACGCUUUCACCAGCACUGUCAUUGGUGGGGAGCUGUACACCGGCCUCACCGCAGAUUUCCUGGGCCGUGAUCCCGGCAUCUUCCGCAGCACAGGGACCCGCUCGGCCCUGCGCACUGAGGUGGACCAGCGCUUACUCAAUGACCCUAAAUUCGUGGCAGCCCACUUGAUCCCAGACAAUGGCGACCAGGACAAUGACAAAGCCUAUUUCUUCUUCACGGAGAAGGUGGUGGAGGCGGACAGCAAGGAGCACACCAUUGUCAGCCGGGUGGCACGGGUCUGCGUGAAUGAUGCUGGAGGACAGAGGGUGCUGGUCAACAAGUGGAGUACCUUCAACAAAGCUCGGCUGGUGUGCUCUGUCCCUGGCCCUGGUGGCAUUGACACUCACUUUGAUGAGCUGGAGGAUGUCUUCUUGCUGAGGACAAAGGAUGGGAAGAGCCCAGAGAUCUACGCCCUCUUCAGCACUGUCAGCCAUGUCUUCCAGGGCUCUGCCGUCUGUGUGUACCGCAUGGCUGACAUCCGGGAGGUCUUCAAUGGUCCCUUUGCCCACCGGGAGAGCCCCCACCACCAGUGGGGUGCCUACGAAGGCAGGGUGCCCUACCCACGGCCAGGCGUGUGUCCCAGCAAGACGACCAACCAGCCCCGGAGGCAGUACAGCACCACCAAGGACUUCCCCGAUGAGGUGCUGCACUUCGCCCGCGCUCACCCCCUCAUGUACAAGCCCGUGUACCCCCGGCACCACCGGCCCCUCCUAGUGAAGACCGACCUUCCCCAUCGCUUGCGCCAGCUCGUGGUGGAUCGGGUGGAGGCUGAGGAUGGGCAGCAUGAUGUCCUCUUCCUUGGGACUGAUGCUGGCUCGGUGCUGAAGGUGGUGGUCUCACAGAAGACAAGCUCGGCCAUGGCUGAGGAAGUCAUCCUGGAGGAGCUUCAGGUUUUUAAGGUGCCUGUGCCCAUCACCCAGAUGGAGAUCUCUGUCAAGCGUCAAACACUCUUUGUGGGCUCCAGCCUGGCGGUGGCCCAGGUACGGCUGCACCGGUGUGAGACCUACGGCACAGCCUGUGCCGAGUGCUGCCUGGCCAGGGACCCCUACUGCACCUGGGACGGCACCGCCUGCACCCAGUACCCGCCCUCCGGCAAGCGCCGCCAUCGCCGCCAGGACGUCCACCAUGGCAACCCUGUCCACCAGUGUCUGGACCAGAACCUGACUGUGGAUGAUUUUGAGAACGUUGAGGAGAAAGUGCUGUACGGGGCGGAGGACAACAGCACCUUCCUGGAGUGCACGCCUCGGUCCCCGCAGGCCAGUGUGCAGUGGUUUGUCCAGAGGCCCCCUGAUGAGCAGCGGGAUGAGGUGAAGACGGAUGAGCGGGUCCUGCAGACGGAGCAAGGGCUGCUCUUCCGCAGGCUGCACCCCCACGAUGCUGGGGUCUACUACUGCAAGACGCUGGAGCACGGCUUCACCCAGACCGUGGCCAAGACAGCCCUGAAGGUGGUCACCAGGGAGCAGCUGGCACACAGCCUCCCCAGGGAGCGAGGGGAUGAGCCCUCACGCCUGCCUUGCCCUGAGCCCCGGCUGGCGCCGCAGGUUCCCAAAACCUGGUUCAAGGACAUCAUGCACCUCCUCAGCUCCCAAAACCUGCGGCGGGUGGAGCAGUACUGCUCCCACCUCUGGGGCCGCCCCUACCACCGCAAGAGCAAGCUGGCCCAAAGCAAGCACACCCUGGCCAGCGUGGAGGUGGGCAAGAAGGGACGGGUGGCCAAACCCCACGGCGAGAGGAACCGCCUGCCCCGGCAAGCACCAGCCACUUAGAGAGGGCAGGGUAAUGGAUGUGGGGUGGCCACAGGGGACUCCUGUCCUGGCUGGUGGCUUGCAGCAGUGCCAGCCCUGUCCCUCUUCCCCCCUCAGCUGCAGUGGACACAAUGCCAGGGCCGGGCAGGUCCCUGUCACCCUCAGUGGCCACCAUGCCACCUCCAAAACAGGCAGGGCAGUGGGGUGCUUCAGCCCCCAGCUCUUGCUGGGUGCAGGGCCACAGUCCCUGGGGUGGGCUGGGGCACAGUAGUGCAGUGACACUGCUGUGCCACCUCCCCAGGGGCUGCCUGGCUUUCUCUGCAAAUAAAGGGGUCGAGCAUGGUGCCCAUGGGGAGCAGCUGAUGGCUCCAGGCUCUUUCCAUGCCAGCAUGGAGCCUGAGGACGAUGAUGCCUGCUCUCACGGGGGGAACAUGUCACCCCAAAAAGCCUUCAUGCCCAGGAUGAUCCCUGUAAUCUGCUGUGCCUGAGGAACCAGAGCUGUGCCACCCAGGACAUGUCCUGGGGGACAGGGGCCCCUCCAGCCUUCCCUGUGGCCCCAGGACAGGCUCAGUGGUGCCAGCCCAUGUCUGGGCACAGCUCUGCCCCCCAGCCAUGGACCCAGGGCUGGGCAGGGCUGGAAAGGAAAACUGUGGCAGGUUAGACCUGUUCCUGGGUAAACACGGGAGAGGCACUGAUGCCACCACUGAUGCCAACGCUGUCACUAUGCCCAGGCAGGAGCAUUGACAAACAGAAGAAGGUGGCCCCAGCACAGUCUGGCGGGGGGGGGGGGCUGCACCCCAGCCUGGGUGUGUUUCUGGUGGCUCCGUGGGGCGGGGCUGGACGAGGCUGGUUUGGGAGGGCCUUCCUAGACAGAGGAGCUGGGGGGUGGGUGGAUGGAGAGACCCUGCAGGCUGCUGGCACCAUCCCAGGCUGCCAGCAAGGUGCUCGCUUGCUUUCCUCACCCGACAUGAGCUCACUGACCUCCCCCAGUCAGCCUGGGGUGAUAAGAAUCUCCCCCUUCCUGAGGUAAGGCAGCCCCACACAAUGGUGUGAACCACAGCCCUGCUGGGACAGGCAUUGUUCGAAGGCAGAGGAACGGGAAAGAAAAACAAAUUAAAAAAAAUAAUUAAAGCCCCUAAAUAGCUCACACAAA